GGUGGGGGCGGGCUCGACGUGGACCCCGCCCCGCGGGGGCGGGGCUGCGCUACGCUGCGCGGUUGGGUCCCGCCGGGUGCCCGUCGGCCGCGGCCGGGAUGGACCUGGGCCCGCUGCGGAGCCCCUACCGGGGGGACGCGGAGGCCUUCGAAGAGCAGCACCUGACCUCCCGUGACCCUAUCCAGCAGUUCCAAGCGUGGUUCGAGGAGGCCGUGGGCUGCCCGGCCGUCGGAGAGGCGAACGCCAUGUGCUUGGCCACCUGCACCAGGGACGGGAGGCCCUCGGCCCGCAUGGUGCUGCUGAAGGGCUUUGGGCAGGAUGGCUUCCGCUUCUUCACCAACCACGAGAGCCGUAAGGGGAAGGAGCUGGACGCCAACCCCUUCGCUGCGCUCGUCUUCUACUGGGAGCCCCUCAACCGGCAGGUACGGAUCGAGGGCUCGGUGAAGCGGCUGCCGGAGGAGGAAUCCGAGCGGUACUUCCACUCCCGCCCCAAGAGCAGCCAGAUCGGGGCUGUGGUCAGCCGGCAGAGCACCGUCAUUCCGGACAGGGAGUAUUUAAGGAAGAAGAAUGCGGAGCUGGAGGAACGGUACAGGGAGAUGCUGGUGCCGAAGCCAGCGUACUGGGGGGGCUACAUCCUGUAUCCAGAGGUCAUGGAGUUCUGGCAGGGCCAAACCAACCGCCUGCACGACCGCAUCGUCUUCCGACGCCUGCGGGAUGGCUCGGCCCCCCUGGGAGACAUGACGCACCAGGGAGAGGGCGAUUGGGUCUUCGAGCGCUUCUCCCCAUGAGGCCACCGGUGCCUCUGGCCGCGUUCAGCCGAUCGGGAGCAUCACCUGUGCCAAAGCUGCCCGCCUGUCCCCUGCCGUGCCCUGGGGAAUGGGGCUGGCCUCACUCUGCCCUACCCCGGGAAGCGUGUGCUGAGCUCUGGGGUGCUGGUGGGGGGCUCCGGUCCAGCCCCGGUGACGCUCAUCUCCUUGUGCCUCUCCCUGGGGUGGGCGAGAGCCGCAGGUGGGUCCCCAGGACCCGCUGCUUCCCCCCACCAGCCUGCAGGGAGCAACUGCUCCUAGUGCCACUGGUGGUUAAUUAAUCGUGUUAAUGAUUGUGGAGGGACCAAGUAAAAACCCGGUGUACCCCCUGCCCGUGUCCUGCCGCUGCCACCGCUCAUGCCUCAUGUUUUAGCUAGAACCGUGCAGCGUACUCAGUCUGUGCAAUAACUUAUUUAAUUACAGCUCUAUUGUCACCAGUGUUCGUGGCCGGCCGCGUUGCCACCAGCGCACCCCAUCUCCCCAGGACCGUGGGACCCCCACCCUCAGCCUGUGUGUUCAGGGGGAGCUGGGCUGGCGCUGCUUCCAGUCCCCCCGCCCCAGCUGCCUGUCUGAGCUUCGAAAAAAUAAAUCCCGAUCGGCACAGA